AUGUCGACCACCGUCCAUGUUAAGGGUAUCUCUCAUGACACCGGCGAAAAGGAGGUCAAGGACUUUUUCAGCUUCUGUGGCAAGAUAACCUCAAUCUCUGUGACACCAGAGUCCGACGCCCCAGAUGCCUCGAAAUCUGCCACGGUGACAUUCGAGAAGGAAACAGCCGCUAAGACCGCCCUCCUUCUCGACAGCACUCAGCUUGGAAAAUCCCAAGUUCAGGUGUCUGCGGCCAGUACCAUCGAUGAGGUCGCCUCCAAAGCUGGCGCUGCUGUCUCGUCCGCCGCUGGCGAAGAGCACAUUGCACAAGAAGAUAAACCUCGUUCAAGAAUUGUCGCCGAAUACCUGGCUCAAGGCUACCAUCUCUCAGACCAGGUGAUCUCAAGAGCAAUUGCAUUGGACCAGAAGCACGGCUUCAGCCACCGGUUCACCAACGCCUUGGCCAACUUUGACCAGAAGUACAAGGCAACCGACACCGCCAAGUCUAUGGAUACUAAGUAUGGUGUGAGUGACAAGGCGAUGAGUGCCUGGGGUGGUGUCCACACAUAUUUUGAGAAGGCACUGGGCACCCCCACCGGGCAGAGAAUCAGACAGUUUUACAUGCAAGGAGACAAGCAAGUUAGAGAUGUUCACAACGAGGCUCGCAGAUUGGCAGAUCUUAAGGCUGGCAAGCACUACGAACCAGAGCCUGUCCCAGGAACAGACAAGACGGUCUGCAAGUGUGGUGGCGAGGAGGGUGUCUGUGGAUGUGCUCCAGGUUAUUGUAGCUGUGCUAGGUGCGCAAAGAGCGAUGUCGGAGCCAUCCAGCCAGAGCCAGUCAAGGGCACUGACAAGACGGUUUGCGUGUGUGGGGGCUCCGAGGCCAAAUGCCCCUGCCCUCCUGGUCACUGUGCCUGUGCAAACUGUGCAAAGGGCAGCACUGAAGCAACCACGGAAGCGAAGGAGGCUGCUCAGGCCAGCGGGCAACAAUUGCCGCCUGGUUCUGUGUAA